GCCUAUCAAUGAAUUGCAAGAAAUUUGACAGAUAAAAUUAUCAGCAAUUUUUUCCCGAAUUUGUGCGUGUAAAUCGGCGCGAAGCGUUUAUUUUUAUAAACUUAUAGUUUAUAGGUUUAACCUCUAUGAAAAAUGUAAAAUAUGGAAAUCACGAAAGAUGGGUUCUAUUACAGUAAAAAAUUGAUACGCUGCAUGGAUAUUUUCGUCGAGAAGAGCCUGGAUGAAACUGCCAGUUUCAAUCUAGCUCUGAAGAAACUGAUGAAGAUGAUGAUUGGCGAUACGCUAGCUAGUUCGAGUAAACAAAAACCGACGCAGGAGGAAUCAAGAAGUUUUAUAAAAAAGUGGUUACCAAAUAAUUUUUGUCACAAUUAUAUUGUCUCUAAUCCAUCCACAUCACGAACGCACGAAUGUCGACGGCGGCUUGGAUGUGAUUCCCCUGCAAUAAAGUUUUGUGUCCAUGAUUAUAAAUCAGACACCAAAAAGACAGAUAGAAAUGUGGCAAUGGAAUUGUUAAUAGAAAAGUGCAGAGAAUAUUAUCCUGACGCUGGUGCAGAUUUUGCCAAAAGAAAACUAGAUACAUUAAGAGGGUGCUUCAGAAAGGAAUACAAAAAAGUUGCAGACUCUAGGAAAAUAGCAACUAGCUUAGAAGAAGUUUACAAGCCUUCUCUUUGGUAUUACAACUUAUUGUUAUUUACUGUUGGGGAAUCUCCAGAUGAAAGUUUGGAACCUCUACGAGAAUUUAAUAGGUUUUCAUAUUGGAAUCGGGAAUAUACUCUGAUAUUAAUAGAACUGUUCAAGAAAUAUCCAGUAUUGUAUUUGCAUGAGGCAGAAAAUAACAAAGGGAAAAGAGUUACGGCUUUUAAAGAUCUUACAGAGGAAUUAACCAGAGCAACUGGAAAAAAAUUCAGUUUUCUGGAAGUUAGGAAGAAAGUUAGAUUGUUGAGGGACCAGUAUAGAAGAGAGAGGCGAAAAUUGAAGCUUGGAUUGAUCAGGCAGAGUACUUUAUGGUGCUAUGAUCUAUUAAAAUUUUUAAAAAAUAACACUUUAAAAAUAAAUGAGGAGACAAAGGGAUUAAUCGGUUCAGAAUCAGAUUAUGAAAAGGAUUCUGAAAAUGAAACAGAUAACUUUUCGGAUCUAGAAUCUUCUAAAAUUUCCUGUGCAGCUGGUAUUAAAACUGAAACUGAGUUAAAUAAUACUGUGGAAGAAAUUGGCAGAGAUGUCGCUCACAAACUUCGAGAUAUGUCCGAUAUGCAGAGAAAGUAUGCAGAAAGUUUAAUAAAUGAGGUUAUGUAUCAGGGAAUGAUGCAAAACCUGUCUUCAGAAACAAAAUUAUUUAUUUAGGUGCUUUGUUAUAUUUUUUCAAUCUAUAAUUGCAACGUUAAAGGUUACAAUGUAUCAUAAUAAAGAGGCGUGAUGGAAUAUCACAUCCAAAGUGAAAGCAGCACCUGUCUAUCGGUUGUAAAAAGCACUUGAAUUAAUUCACGCAUGCGUAGAUUAUCCAUCCUGGUAAUUUUUUGAUAUUAAUUAUGAGAGUGCUUAACAUUUAGUUUAUUUUUAACGUGAAUGACGAUGCGUACUUGAUUUUUUUUUGCGUCAACAAUGUGAAAAUAGUAUUUUAUUUUUAAUAGCCAAAAACA